CUUUACCUUUACCUUUGUUUCACUCCAGAAGAAUCUUAUUACCCUAAAAGACUCGUUGAGUUCACUCUGUCUCUGUCGCUUGAGCUUCAGCGACGCUCUUACAUCCGCCGUUCACACUUCCCGAUCACUAAAACAUGAGUCAUAACCCGGAGGUUCUUUGGGCACAGCGUUCUGAUAAGGUUUACCUAACCGUCGCCUUACCUGACGCAAAGGACGUUUCAGUCAAAUGUGAGCCUCAGGGACUAUUCACUUUCUCUGCUCUUGGCGCACAAGGCAAGCUCUUCGAGUUCAGCUUGGAGCUAUAUGGGAAGGUCGUGCCAGAAUAUAGAAAGAACGUUGGGCUAAGGAACAUUAUAUUUUCGAUUCAGAAAGAAGAGAGAAGCUGGUGGCCACGAAUCUUGAAAUCAGAAGAGAAGCCUGCGCCUUACAUCAAAGUAGACUGGAACAAGUGGUGUGAUGAGGAUGAGGAAGUCAACUCUGAAACAGCCUCUGAUGAUGAGAGUGCAUUUGUUGAUGAAGAUUGUGAAAGCAGCGAUGAUGAUGGAUUGCUUUAUCUUCCAGAUCUGGAGAAGGCAAGAAACAACUAGCUAACCAUCAACAACCAACCAACCAACUCUGUUUAGGAAGCUGAAGAAAAAAGAAGCCAAAAAGAUUAAGAGGUGAAGCAGAGUUGUUUAGGAUGAUCCUGUUUUGCUUUGUACUUCACUAAAACCAAACACAUAGUAGUCCAUGCGGUUUACCUCUGAUUUAGGUUUGUUUAGGGGAGUCAUCUUUAGUCUGAAUAUUGUGACACACUUUAUCGAAUGGUUAAGGCUUAAUAGGUUUGAAAUUUCA